AUGCUAUUGAAUGUCUAUUCUAGAUUCCCACAGAAUUAUAGAAACCAUGACUGGCUUUCCGAACAUGCCAUCCUAGCUCCUAAAGUGACACUCUGCAGGAUAUUAAUGCUAUUGUCAUACAGCAGGUAUCUGUCAAAAUCUGUUCUCACUGUAGUUGAUGUUAGCAUUGUUGGUAGUUAUCCAACAGAAUCACUCAAUUCUCUUCAUUCCAUUGUGGUCUCUCCUUACAAUCCCGAAAUGAAUGCAGGAAUGUUGCAAGGAUAUGUAGAUGUACUGCAUCACUAUUACUAUACAAGAGUUGCUGACAACUCUUUUAUGCUUCAUGUAAUGAAAGCCACCAUUAUGACUGACCAAAUUUUUGAAGCCAUCUUUUUUCUGGAAACUGCAUUAACAUCAAGACCAGAGAUGUUGUUACACCUGUGUGUUUUACUGACUUUAUUCCACUGUUAUUCAAGUGAAGAUAUCACAUACCAUGUUAAAGAAGAGAAUAUUCCUCAUACCUAUGUAGGGGACAUUGCUACUGACUUACAGAAAUCAGACAGCUCCUUCCUAAAGAAUAAGGAUUUGAUUACAUUUAGUCAACUGCAACAAAAGGGAGAACAGUUGUUCAAUGUGACGAGAACAGGUAAACUGUACACUGUUGAGACAUUGGAUGCUGAGUCUGUGUGUAGUUAUGAGAAAGAAUGUUUUGAAAUCGUUAAAGUUGCUGUUCACAAAUCCAAGACAUUUAUGAAGAUCUUAAAGAUUAAAGUCAUAAUAGAAGACAUCAAUGACCACCAGCCUGAGUUUCCUGAGAAAGAAAUCACAGUAAUCUUUGGUGAAGGUGAUGGUAGAGGUAUGAAGAAGGCUAUACCUAAUGCUAUAGACAAAGAUAUGAACCAUGAAAACAGCUUAAUUACUUAUGAAUUAAAAAAAGAUAAUGGACAUUUUUCAUUAUCAGUUUCUAAACACACCGAUGAAUUUUCAGCAUUAGAGAUUAUUUUAGAAGAGAAAUUAGACAGAGAAAAGAAGGACAGCUACAAUAUUGAGGUCAUUGCUAAAGAUGGGGGAACUCCACCAAAACAAUCUGUUUUGAAUGUUAAAAUAUCUGUAAAAGAUGAAAAUGACAACAGACCACAAUUUUCUCAGAGUAUCUACAAUGUCUCUAUUGAACAUAAACAUAAAAAGAAUAUUCCAGUAGUCACAUUAUCUGCCAGUGAUUUAGAUAUUGGCAGGAAUGGUAAAAUAUCAUAUUACUUUGCCAGGAAAACUGCUGAGAAAAUGAAGAGACAUUUUAAUUUAGAUGAAAAUACUGGGAAAUUAUAUAUAGCUACAACUUCAAAAAUUGAUAAGGAUGGAUCAUUUAAAUUAUACAUUGAAGCCAGAGAUGAUGGCACAUCUCCUCUCAGCUCCAUAGCCACUGUUAUGGUAAAUGUCAUCAAUGAACACAACAAUCCCCCAAAUAUUGAUGUGAACUUUAUUUCUACACAGAAUCACAACACAGCUACCAUUCUGGAAGACAUCAAAGUUGGUAGUUUCAUUGCUUAUGUGAUGGUCACUGACAAUGAUGUUGGACACAAUGGACAGGUGAACUGUCAUAUCAAAGACGACACAUUCAAACUACAGUCAAUGGGAUCGAAGGAAUAUAAAAUAGUUCUAAAGAAAGCAGUAGACAGAGAGACACAGGAACAUUAUCACUUUACUGUGUCGUGUGAAGAUAAAGGAUUACCUGCUCUGAAAACUGAUAAAGAUCUGUCAAUCCAAGUGUUGGAUGUGAAUGAUGUAGAACCACACUUUACGAAAGACACAUUCAAGUUCCUUACCUAUGAGAAUGACAAAGCUAAUUUCCCUAUUGGCUUUAUCAAUGCUACAGACCCAGAUAUUGGUAAGGGAGGUGAAUUGUCUUAUUCUCUGAGAAAUAAACAGCAAUAUCGUCUGCCAUUCCAGAUUAUCAACUCUGGCUUUAUUUCAACAAACCAGUCUUUAGACAGAGAACACAGAGAUUUCUAUGAGUUUGAGGUUUUUGUGAAAGACAAUGGAAGCCCAUCUCUGAAUAACACAGUGAAUGUUGAAGUGGAAGUAUUGGAUAGAAAUGAUAAUGCUCCAUAUUUUACAUUUCCUAGUGUUGACCCUUUCACUCUUAAUGUCCACUAUCAUCCGCAAAGUAAGAACGACAUCACAGUUCUGAAAGCAUCUGAUAUAGACAGUCACAUGAAUGCUUUUCUCAGGUAUGAAAUUGUUUCAGGUAACGAGAGACAGUUAUUUAAACUGGAUUCGUUCACUGGUGUGUUAUCUUACUCUCGCACAGUUUACCAAAAUGAUGCCGGCUCAUAUGAGCUUGAGUUUGUUGUGAAAGACAGUGGUACUCCAGUUCUGUCAGCAACAACUAGUGUGUCUUUGACUCUGACUGUUAGUAACAAGACGUCACCAAUGUUCACAGCUGUGCACCUACCAAGUGAUAACACAAUAGAUGCGACAUUGUUGAUUAUCAUUGUAGUAGCAGCUGUGACAGUAUCUAUAGCUAUUGUGGUUUCUAUAACCCUGUGUAUUGUGAGAUGUAACAAUGUGAGAAAUAGCUCAUCUGAAAGAACAGCAGAAGAGAAACAGGCAUACCAAUGUCGCAAUGAGAUGAGACAGUUGAUCUAUCAAGGUAACAACAGUGUACCUGUGAUGUCAGGUAAUCGAGGAGAGAUGUCAGACAGAUAUGGUCAUUCGAGGAGCCAUUACUAUCCUGAAGACUGGAAGACAUCGACAAUGAGCAGAAGUCUUCAAAAGUCCACAAAGCAGAAAUACAGUCAACCGAUUGAGGUGACAUCUUAUGGAGACAACAGACCAUCUUCUCACUAUCCCACUGACACACUGACCAGUCGUAAGAGCAGUGGACAGUGCUGGAGUGAGCGGUCAAGUAGACAGUAUGAAGAAAUACCAGCAAUGUCAGGAAUCUAUGGUGGUGCCCCACCCGAUGUAUCAAGCACCAGUGAGAUAGACCAUUACCAAGACAGAUAUGUGAAACCUCCAGAGAGACAGUUACCUUCAACACCAGAUGUUGUUGUCAGUUAAGUGAGGUUGAGAGAGGAACACAACAGAAAUAAUAUCACCUUCAACAUUCACACAACAUUUAAAAGCAACACAAAUAUUUUAGUUAGAUAAUAAUAUUGCCCACAUAUGACUGAAUAUCUUCAAAUAUGUUUGAGAGAAUAUAUUUUGUGUAUAUCUUGGGAAUAUUACUCCAGAUGAACUAGACACUAACAAUUACAGAUAUCAAGACCAUUGGUAACAUUGUAUAGUUAAAUGAACAAUCAUUAAGUGAAAUAUUGUGCAGAAGUAGACAUUAUGCCUGGGGAAAUUCAAUUUAUACUUGAAAAUGUGAUUUUAAUUAUAACAAAAAAAUAAACAAAGGAUAAGUAAUUAAUAUUUCAGAGAAUAUAUUCUGUUUAGUUGAUAUAUCUCUUUAAAUUUCCCAUAGAUAUCCUUAUAUGAGACUUUGUUUUGAAUUAGGUCAGACACCCACAAACUAUUAUUGUCAAUAUUGUAUUUACAUUUUAAAUUACACAAACAUUAACAACAUCAGCCAUAUUUUGUUAAUAUAACCUCUCUGUUCUAAGGAUUUCUAUGUCAGUCUCUCUCCACAUCAGACAUGUUAGUGUUAUAUAGACUUAUCAUGGCUGACUGUUAGUGGAGCUGAUAGUGUGUGUUCUCUCACUACUCUGUCUUUGUGUGUGAGAGGCAACAUCAAGUCUGAGAGAGGCUGUAGUAAGCAUCACCCAUCCUACUCCUCCUCCUCCCUUUCACACACACUCACACACACACACACUCACUAAACACCACACAUCCACAAAGGAAGACUGAGAGGGAACUGCUGGUUCCCACUGACUCACCACCAACACUAUUCCAUCAACAUGAAGCCAUUGUCACACCAUAGCAGCAGUGACACAGA